CAAACGCAGGAAAAAAGCAGCGACCGUUGUCGUCGUCGUUUCAGAAGCGAAAAUCCCGCCGUCUAGUUUCUGCGUAAUGGCCGUACGAUAGAAUUCUGUUUGUUCUGUUCGUGCAAUAAAACAGUUGGUCACCAUCGUGCUGUGCAAAAGGCAGCGAAGGAAGCAGCAGCAGCAGCAGACGUAGUGAAAAGAGUGGGGUGUCGCUCGGUGUGUAUGGUGCAUGUGUAUUUUUUCACUUCUUUCACGCAGUGCGUAGUGCCCACGAAUGUUGUCCGCCAGGAAUGAGCAUUUCUGUUCCUCGGCUGCCGUGUAAGACCGUGUUGUUGAAUAAUUGUGCUGCCAACCUGUCCGACAGAGUUUGCUGCAGCGAAAACAUCAGGAACGACCACAGCAGCAGCAGCAGCAGCACCGUCCAGUUCGACUUCUCCGACCCGGAGUUUUCGACGGCUGCUAGCAAUACCAGCGGAUUCGUUUCGUUUGCAGUAGCACCCGUGUUCGUCGCUGUGGCAAAGCUCCAGGGAAAGGUGUAAAUUAGCGGAAUCCGGUGCACGCAGCUCGUGUGUUUUUCGUCCCCCGUGCUGUCCCGUGAAAAAGUGUUUCCGUCUGAAAAGCUGCUGCACACCGAUGUGUGUAUGUGUGUGUUGGUUGUGUUCUAAGGGAUUUUCCAUUGGCUUCCUCGUGUGCCAGGGGGAAAAGUGAAAAGUGGAAGAAAAAACCCCGCUCGCCCCCGCCGAACGUCAACAUCCGACCGUCGUUUGGAAAAAUCCGUGGGCAGAAAGUGUGUUUGUGCGCGCGUGUGUGCUGUUUGUGCGUGUUUGUGAAUGUUUUGAAACAGAUUUGUGUCUCGUGUACCAAGCGCAGGUCGUGAGGCACGAAAGUAAAAUAAAAAAAAACCGUCCAAAGAGCCCACCGAAAGGGUCUUUAAUUUCCGCACGCAUUUUGCGAGAAGUGAUCCGCCGGAUUACGCGAUCCCCCACGGUUCUAUACGCAAGGCGCACUACGUCAACUAAACGCAAAGAUAUGUCGCAACAAAUCUCCAACAUCAAACGAAGCGGCUUCGUAGGAGGAGGCAGUAAGGGCGGCGGCGGCGGCGGUAAAAGGAAACUGAUCGCGUCGUCAGCAGCGACCCUCAUGUUGCUCAUGCUGCUGAUCGCCAUUCCGUGGACGGCGGCGGCUGCGGCGUCCAGCGAGAACGAUCAGAAAACAAACAUCCGUAACAUCGAUAGCAGUUCCUCCUAUGCAUCGGGACCCUCGAAUCAGAAUGAUAUUUACAUCGAUGACGAUGGUCUGGAAGGUUCUGGAAGUCGCGGAGAAGUACGUGAGGAUCUAGAGAAAGAGGACGACGAAGCUUCCGGCUCCGGGUUCGGGGACGAUGACGAAGACUCUACCUCCAGUCGAUCGUCUCUGUCGUCUUCGUCCUCGUCGUCCGCAGGUAGCAACUUAAACCACGGUCAACGUGGUGGCGGCGGCGGUGGUGGCAGUAUCAGCAGCAACAGCAACAACGAUAACUUGCCCGGAUCAGGUGAUCAUGACGAUCUCUACACAGACACCAAUCUACCCGUUGAUCCAUCGACCACCGACGACGAAGAUAUGCCAAUCGGCAAGGAGAACAGCAAAUCGUCCUCUUCAUCGGCGUCCUCCCCGUCUGGCGGCACCGGUGGUUUCUCGAACAUUGACGACACUCGCGAACCGGUUGAGAACGACCUCGAUCUUGGUGGACUGCCGCGCCAUCAUAACACGCCGAUCGAAGGAGGCAGCAGCGGAGUUAAUAAUCAUCACGAUAACACCCAGUACGGGCCGGGUAGUGGCGUUUUGAUAAUGAAUGCCAAGAACGAUGACCGAACGGCCAGCUUCUUUGCACAGCCUGGCAUUUUGGCAGCUGUGAUCGGAGGAGCUGUCGUUGGUUUACUGUGCGCCAUCCUAGUGGUAAUGUUUAUCGUUUACCGGAUGAGAAAAAAGGACGAAGGCUCGUACGCGCUCGAUGAACCGAAGCGGUCGCCGACGGCCAACACCUACGCCAAGAACGCGAACAACCGGGAGUUCUACGCCUGAGAUUACUCGAUAGACUCGAGUGACGGCGAUUUCUAAGAAAGCCGCCUUCUCUCAGCGGUCGUGUAGAACUAACAAUUCAGUAAAUCCAUUCAAACGCGCAGAAGAAUUGAUCGAGUGAAGCCGAGGUAGUAAGGGUGAGGGAAGUGUCUGGGAGAAUAUAGAAACAAAAAUCGCUAGAAAUCGUGCGAAAAGGAUACAAAUAGAUUAGUAGAAUAAGUGAAGCGAGCCAGGUACCCGAACCCAAUUGGUGGCCGCGACUCUGCUACUUGUAGUUGAGCAAAGCACAGAGGAAGGAAGUGCAGUAAAUUGCAGAUCCACAGAAACUGACGCCACUUACAGGCUGACGUUGAAACAACAAGUAGUGAACGCGUGCGAGGUUUUUCGUUUGUGGGAUUGUAGAGAAUAAGUUGUGGAAGGAACGAGUGUAGCGAGACAUUCUACAUCUUUAGGAUUGCAGUACCAAUCGGUGAGCAUAACAAUAAAAAUGCAGGCACGCGCGCAUGCACAAUCCAUCAAUGCGCCAUACCCACGAAGAAGAAACGUCGAUCCAUCCCGGUAACAAGGACCAUGAAUGAGAUCCAAUGGACUUGUGCGGGGUUUUCGGGUUUAACAUUGCAAGACAGGUGGUUGAUCCAUCUUUGUAUCUUAUUUCAUUCGAUUGUUGGCAAAAUCCCAAUGCGUUACGCGUGCGCUUCAAUUGGUGGUAAUCGAUUCUUUUCGUCCCCAAGGCAGGGUCCUGGGUCUUAAAAUUAUUUCUCGAAGCGAACACUUGUGCAGGGUCAAGGGCAGUCGAAUGAUUUUGUUUGUUCAUCGACUCUUGACGAUUUUAUUUGUACCACUAAAUGUUUUGUGUGCAGCUAGCAACAAUUGUUCGGGCAGCUCAGAGCAAUUGGAUUGGUACGAAGGAGUUUGUUUUUUAUGUUAAUCCGACCCCAUUUUAAACAGUUUAUCGAUGUGUUUUGAAAGCACCCAAAGCAUUUAGGCCGAACCCACAUUAUUGUCUGGUGCAAGCCAAUGACUAGGAGUACUCAAAUAUUUAAUUGAUGAGCAGUAAAAACACAUACAAAAACUCACUGACACAAGAAAAUGAUAUAUAUUGCAUUAUUGAAAAGAGCAUAAGAAGAUUAUGGCGCGCCCCGUAGAUGACUAAAGGCUAAAACUCUCUAGAUUAUAAGAAUGAUAGAUGUUACAUAUUUAUAAAAAUAAUAAGUGCAACAAGUAUGAGUGCAAGAGGCGGAUAGAUUAGCAGAAAUAAUUCCGGACGCCAGAUCCCCGGGGCGCAUUGCAAAGGCUUUCUCGUAUCUACGUAUCAUGUGCAAAACCAAACCGUUGGGGUUUUUUUUUUUUUGGAGUAAGAGUAUGCAAUGAACUUCUCUCUCUGUGUGUCUCUGUACAUGUGCAUGUUAACGAGGAGACGACGAUGGAGAAUGAAUAUCACGAAACAGUAGUAGCAUGGUAUGCGGAUCCGCCGGGCAGACCCCGGAGCAAGGAAAAAAAACUAUGUUAAUCGUUAGAUAAUGUGGUCCUUGUAUGGGUUUUGUGCGUUCCAUUAAGUUACAGGCGAAAAGUUGGUCGGGAUAUAGAGGCUGUCGUUUGGAGUGGGAAGGAGGCAGAAGGUUAGAUUACUGAUGGCAAUACUUUGAUGGUAAAGCAUCAUGACAACACGUUAAGUUCGACAAAGUGCAAGAAACCCCACCCUGCCGAAUAGGAGCCCCCCCAAGCCCGCGAACUGUACUGUGUAACUGUAUCGACGAUCAUUUAUAAUGUUGAUCGUUUAUGCACUCUCAACCCCGGUCCUAUUUUAUUCCUCUACAAUUCCAAACGCUUCUUUCAAUCAAAACACACAUAAAUUGUACUAAUAUUAAUCCUUAAUAAGGUAGAUGUGUUGAGCAGGACAGUGAUGUGGCUGAUUGGGAUUCUGCAGCAGAGUUGACAGGCACAGAUUAUAGUGUAGGAUGUCUGGGACAACGGAAACGCUAAAUGCGACUAACACAUUUGAAUGCAUCAGAAAAGAAAGGGAUCAGCAAGGAGGAGUCUAUCUAGCGAAAACAACUAGGUCUAAAGUUAUACCCAAAAUUAUCAUAAAUACAACACAGACUCACACACACACACACACACCAACACUCACUUAUAUAUAUAAUUGCCAUAAGUAAGCGUGUACUACUAAAAAGCUUUCUUUGAAGAAAAUCGUAAUGUUGGCGACGGGGUACAUAAUCCUUUAGUCCUUCUACCCGAAGCCACUGGGGGAUCUGUACUGUGAAUUUGUUAAACAUAUUUGAUUCUCUUUCGCGUUUGCAAACGAUGAAAUGAGUCUGAUGCUUUCUAUUUUUGUAAACUCCAUUAAUUCUCCGAUAGUAAAGAAAGUGUCAGUGUCCUUGGAGCGGAAUGAAGGGCAGCCGUUUGUGGUGGUCGAAUAUUAGAGAAUUAGAUAAUCUUCAGUUACGCUCCACUGGCUUAUAUUGUUUUAUUCUGAUCGAUCAUUUUAAAAUCCAUAGUGGGUCUAUUGUUGAAAGAGAAUUAAACAAUUUCAUUCAAAAUUGUCUCUUAAAUUUGUAAUGCAUCCAGAUAAACUUCCCUUGAUCGCAUUUCUCCUACACCAAGAAGAAACAGAUAAUAACAGAUAACUCCUGGAGUCUAGAAAUGGAACAUUACUACAAAUACUACAGAAAACAGAUCUUGACAUUGGAAAUGAAAAAUUAAGAACCUAAUUUCAUAUCUUGCGAGUCGCGAAACGUUAUUUUUGGUGCAUUUAUUACCAAAUGCAAACUGAGUAACUUCUUGAAGAAAGAGAGAAAUGCCUCUUGCAUGUUCUUUUAUCCAGUGCUUUUGUUAAGAUGAAAGGUGGGCCAUGUUGUGAGCUCAACGAACUAACGCAAUGGCCUAAUAUCGCCCAGUUUGAAUUUGAGAACAUGCUUUAGUUUGUAGACGUGUUGUGAGUUUUGACGACUCCCGGUUUAACAGGAGAGACAUUUUUUGAACGCCUGAUAUAAAACUGUAAGCUCCAGUGAAACUGCAAAACAAAACGAACACAAAAUUUACGAAAGGGGCAAGGAGGUGUUCCCUUUAUCAGCCAGACUGAACGAGGACGAUGCAAAGAAUGGGAAUCUAUGUGCUGGGUUUUAUCGCUUAAGGCAGCUUUUUCUUCCACUAUUUUUUAAAGUAAUUUUAUUGUUUAAGCUCAUACUAAAAUUACUAUUUAACCUACUAUAAUAACGCUCAGCUUAUUUCACUUUUUCUGACAUUUUCAUUUUGUGCCAUUGGUAAGGAACAGACAGCGCGCGUUCCCUUCCUUUUUAAGCGUUUUCAUUUCUUUUAUUUUACCUUCCCAUGUCGAGGGCAAUGUUGGUCACAGAGUCGAAGCACCAUUUGCGCAAAAGUAAAAACGUACUCAUCCUAAAACAGCCAGAAACAAUCAGUUCAGACAGAUAUCAGAGACAGACAAACAGGCAAACAUACGAAUACGCAAAAGCAUUUAUAAAUCAUUAUAAGACAUUCCGAUAGGUUGGACGGUUCCAGCAGCAGAAUCAGAAAUUUAAUCUGUUCCACAUAAAAUCUCUUAUAUACGUAUUUAAUAGACCCAUAUAAAGUAGACACGCUCUGCUCAGUGGCACUCAUAUGUGCGUUGUUUGAUCGGCUCGGUUAUUUUAGUUUUUAAAAACAGCCACAAGCUCUUGAUGCUUCUCAUUUGUGCUUCUCCUAGGAGAUGAAGAUCGGCGGAAUUAUCGACCAUUCGUAACUCAAAUGGAAUAUCAAAAACAGGUUGCCACGUAACUACAAAACUCACUAAAAAAUCGUACAGCCUAAACAUAGAAACGAAACCAUGGGCAGUGCAAGAUUCAAAAUUAAAAGUAAUCCGCAUUUCUUUGGUUUUUCUGACGGCAUCAGCAAGACCCGAGAGGAUUUGAAUCCAUCUUCAUUUAGCGAAUGCACCGCAGAUGAAUACAAUAUCGAGAGAAAAUAAAUUUAAUAUAAAACUACUAUAAAAAUGAAAAGAAAUCCAAAACACAUGAAAAGGAACGCAUGUAAAAGAGUGGAAGCAUUGUAAAUAAAGGAAUCUUUACAGUGUAAUAAAAAUAAAAGUGGUUAUGCCGAGGAUCAUUCAUG